UUGCAAGAAUAAUACCUACCCCCCAACAACAACAAAAAACGGAUACUAAAUUUUUCAUAAAAAAUUCAUUAAUAGUAUACCUUUCCUUCUUUAAAUUUUGUCGGUGUUGUUCCUACUGGUCGUAAAACUUUAGAUUUUCUUGGGGUUUUCAAAGGCGUUAACGAGUGUUUCAACAUGGUUUCGGAAUCUGUUUACAUUGUGACGUCAUAUCCCACCAAAAUGUCCGAGUAAGCUCUAUAGCGAAUCAUGGAUGAAAAGGAUAUCGUAGAGACUUUCAAUUCUUUGAAACAGGUAUACAAGUUUCAAUUUACACUAAAAGAUGAACAGAUGUCCGUCCUGCUGGGUACAAUGAACAAACGCAAUACUUUCGCACUCUUGCCGACAGGGUAUGGAAAGUCGAUGUGCUUUACGCUGCCACCUCUUCUACUUGAUGAGUUGGAUUGGACCAUUCAACACAUUUCUGUUGUUGUGUCACCAUUGAAAUCAUUGAUGGCAGACCAAGUGAAUUCUCUUACAGAAAUGGGGGUCAGGGCUUUAGCCAUUUCACCAGAAAUGCAACAUGAUACAUACAAAGACAUUAAACAGGGUAAAUACUCCAUAGUUUUUAUUUCUCCGGAGUCUGCCACAUCCAAAUUUUGGAGGGAUAUCUUCCUAUCUGAUGAUUUCCAGAAAAGAAUAUGUUUACUGGCCUGUGAUGAAGCACACUGCAUUUCUGAAUGGUAAUUCAAUAUUAAUUAAAUUACUUUUAGAAUUGAUUUAUUGGGUAUGUGAGAGUUUAAAAAGCUGUAAACAUUGUCAUUUCAUUGAUGGUCUGUAUGUUGACAGGUGUGAAGACUUUAGGCCAGU